UGGAGAGUGAUGCAUGGUGCACCAUGACAAGUUUCUCAAUGGCAAUAAAAUGAUGUAUUUUACAAGUAUGUAACUGUAUUUACCAACUGUGAUUGAUGUGAAACUGCUCAGACAUUUAACAUCUGUAAUUAAAACGAUGCUCUACCAACACAGUUUGUAUGAUAAAGCAAUAUUUUAGAGAAAAAAAAUCAGCUGAUAAGAGAUAAAAUUGGCUUUCUGAAAAAUGUAAAUCAAUGUGUACACGUUUGUGCAUCAACACAUUCUACUUUUUAUGAUUUGUUCUUGUGUUUUAAAUUGCCUCUGUGUUAAAACUUGUUUGUUCACAUAACUUUUCUGUAUAAUGGAGAGUUCCUUAUGUGGCUCAAUAAAGUUACAGGACAACAGAAGAAAACCUUGUUUUCAACAAUCAAACAAAAGUGACUUCUUUGAAUAAAUCAUGAAAAAGACAUUCAGUUGUUGUUGUUUUUUCUGGAAGUGGAAGUGUUACUUAAACAUGUAAAAUGACAGGAUUAUGGGUUCUAUGGUCAGGAAAAGUUGCAUAAUGGUGGAGAAGACACUCUAUAUGUUAAUGCAUGCAUACAGUUAUUGAUUAAUUUCUUAUCAGGUAAACCUAAUAAGGACAUUGGAACUGAUCCAGGUUACCCUCACUAACCACAAGGAGGAAGAUCAAUGCCCUUCGUAACAUUUUAAGUUAGUCAUUUCUACAGAAACUGUGACGUUCAGGAUGUAAAACAAACCCCUCCCUCAUUCACACGCUCAGUCUUAUAAAAACCCCAGAGAACAAUCUGUGAUCAUUGUUGAGAUAUACUCUGCAGCUCCUUCUUUCUUUCAUCAUUUACACCAACAAUGGAAGGUAGUGCUUUAAGGGUUUUUCCCCAACAGCAGCAAAUCCUCUUUAAAUCAGGCUCUUGGGUUUACAGGAUUCCAGCUCUUUUCUACGAGAGAGAAAGUAAAACUCUUCUAGCCUUUGCAGAGCAGAGGAGGACUUCAGACGACACCAGCACUGUUAAUCUAGUCAUGACAACAGGAGAAGUGAAAAUGGAGGUCCCCUCUGAGCCGAAGACAAUUGAGUGGUCAGAGUUCAAGGAAGUGAAGGAGGCACAUAUUCCAGGACACCGUCCCAUGAACCCCUGCCCGCUGUACGAUGAAAAAAGGAAAACCCUCUUCCUUUUUUUCAUCUGUGUCGAAGGCAUCGUCUCAGAAAAAAGGCAGAUACAAAAAUACACUAACGCAGCCCGUCUCUGCUACAUCACCAGCAAGAAUCUUGGACAAAGUUGGAGUGAAGUGACUGAUCUGACGGACACACUGGACGAAAUCAACGGCUGGGCCACAUUUGCCGUCGGACCAGGUCACGGUCUUCAAACGGAGAGCGGCAGAUUGAUUGUCCCAGUUUAUGCAUAUGUUUCAUGCUGUAGCUCAUGCUGUCUAUGCUGUUUCAAAUGUUGUAAAGUCACUCCAUACAGCCUCGCUCUGUAUAGCGAUGAUUAUGGUGAGAAAUGGCAGUUUGGAGAAAUGCUGCAGAAUGAGUCACUUGAAUGUGAGAUGGCAGAGUAUUUCGAUGAUAAAGAAAACAGCAUCAUUUACUGCAAUGCUCGUAGUCAGGGAGGCCACAGGGUGGAAGCUCUUGAUAAGAAUGAUGGGGAAGGUUUUAUCAUCCUUCCACAUACUUACAAGCUUGUGGAGACAGGUACAGGCUGUCAGGGGAGUGUGGUGUCCUUUCCAGCUCAAAGUGAAGAUACUCAUGCAGAUAGAGAUCCAAGCCAGAACCCAAACAAGUGGCUGCUCUUCACCCACCCAAGCCAUAAGUCCAAACGCACUUAUUUAGGGGUUUAUUUGAACAAAAAUCCAAGCAAGUCAAACUCAUGGAGUAAACCCUGGAUCAUUAACAAGGGACCCAGUGCUUACUCAGACCUGGCUUACAUUGAUGACGGAUGGUUUGCUUGUCUGAUGGAGCGUGGGGAGAUCAGUGAGAUUGAACAGAUAACCUACAAGGUUUUCAGCUACCAGGAAGUCAAGCAGGGCAUUGGAGAGUGAUGCAUGGUGCACCAUGACAAGUUUCUCAAUGGCAAUAAAAUGAUGUAUUUUACAAGUAUGUAACUGUAUUUACCAACUUUGAUUGAUUUGAAACUGCUCAGACAUUUAACAUCUGUAAUUAAAACGAUGCUCUACCAACACAGUUUGUAUUGUAAAGCAAUAUUUUAGAGACAGGAAUCAGCUGAUAAGAGAUAAAAUUGGUUUCUGAAAAAUGUAAAUCAAUGUGUACACGUUUGUGCAUCAACACAUUCUACUUUUUAUGAUUUGUUCUUGUGUUUUAAAUUGCCUCUGUGUUAAAACUUGUUUGUUCACAUAACUUUUCUGUAUAAUGGAGAGUUCCUUAUGUGGCUCAAUAAAGUUACAGGACAACAGAAGAAAACCUUGUUUUCAACAAUCAAACAAAAGUGACUUCUUUGAAUAAAUCAUGAAAAAGACA